AAUCCAAAGCUAAAGGACAAAAAUAGAGGUUCAAUUUGCAUCUCCAUUAAUGGGCAUCGAUCUUUCUCUUAAGCUCGAGGCCGAGGAGAAAAAGAAAGAGAUAGAAGGAUCAAAACAUAGUCGUGAGAAUAAAGAAGACGAAGAACAUGAUGCUAGUGGUGAUGAAGAUGAACAAAUGGUGAAAGAAGACGAUGAUGAUGAUUCUUGUUUAGGUUCAAGAACCCGAGAAGAAGAAAACGAACGUGAAGAGCUACAGAUCCAGAUGGAAAGUGUGAAAGAAGAGAAUACUAGGUUGAGGAAGCUUGUCGAGCAGACUCUUGAAGAUUAUCGUCAUCUGGAGAUGAAAUUCCCGGUUAUCGAUAAAACCAAGAAGAUGGAUCUUGAAAUGUUCCUUGGAGUACAAGGCAACCGAUGUGUGGAUAUAACAAGUAAGGCUCGGAAAAGAGGAGGUGAGAGAUCUUCAUCCAUGGAAAGAGAAAUAGGGCUUUCACUUUCUCUACAGAAAAAACAGAAACAAGAAGAGAGCAAAGAAGCUGUUCAGUCUCAUCAUAACCAAAGAUACAAUAGUAGCAGCUUAGAUACAAACGCGCCACGUAUCAUUUCAUCUUCUCAAGGGAAUAGAAAGGCCAGGGUGUCUGUGAGGGCGAGAUGUGAGACCGCAACAAUGAAUGAUGGAUGCCAAUGGAGGAAGUACGGUCAGAAAACCGCGAAAGGGAAUCCAUGUCCACGAGCAUAUUAUCGAUGCACCGUGGCUCCAGGAUGUCCCGUUAGGAAACAGGUGCAAAGGUGUUUAGAAGACAUGUCAAUACUGAUAACAACCUACGAAGGAACACAUAACCAUCCACUUCCGGUCGGAGCAACAGCCUUGGCUUCCACUGCCUCUACUUCUCCAUUCUUGUUACUCGAUUCCAGCGACAACCUCUCUCAUCCUUCCUUUUACCAAACUUCUCCAGUCAUAGACUCCUCUUUGAUUACAUACCCACAAAAUAGCAGCACCAACAACCGAACCAUAAGAAGCUUGAACUUUGAUGGUCCAUCUAGAGGAGAUCAUGUUUCAUCUUCUCAAAACCGAUUAAAUUGGAUGAUGUAGAGUUUCCUGUCUCUCUGCUUGUCCCAUUAUCUUUCAAUUAACUGAAGUCAUCAUGGAUUCUUUGCCAUUUUUCUUGUUCUUGUUUCUAACAUUUGUGUUUCGUAUAUACAAAAUUAAAGGUUUCGGAUUGUUUUACCUCAUUCGAUGUUCGCUUAUGAAAAAUAAAGGUUGAUUAGUGCU